CAUGAAUCCAAACGCGCAGGUGAGACAGCCUCCUUGGCUGAUUGAUUUUUAUUCGGCAAACGCAGAGAGGUGUAACAAGGACAACGCGGAAAUCAACUCUGUGUUCAAGCUGAGGACUGGCUGACUCUGAAUCCCACAUGGAAGUUAAAGAAGCUGUGCUGGGACACCUGUAACAAGACUCAUAGCUGUAUAUCAGCGAGGAUAAACACCUUACACACAAAAAAGGCUCACGGCUCUCGUAAAAUAAAGCAUGAAGGUGCCAUUGAUGCUACCUUUGACAAUAGUCGUGUCUAUCGCUAUAGUGGGGAUCAUGAGAGUCCGGAAAAAGGAGCAGGACAAAGUAGAAAGACGGAACAGAUUUGAGGAUAUCAAGCUGCGGGUGGUCGACGAUGUGCUGGUAGAGUAUCAGACCGGUAUGGUAGAGCAGCAGAUGCUACUGGAAAAGACCCAGAGUGUGUACCAAGCGCUGGAGGAAGAGGUGAACCUGCUCCGGACCAAAGCAGAUAAGGCGAAGGGUGAAGUGGACAUCUGCCUGGGAGGCCAGAAAUCUGCAAGUGACGAGCUGGCAGCAGCAAGCACCAGAUUCAAUGAUCUUAAAGCUGAAACCGAGAAGGAAAAGACCAGCUGGAAAACAGAAGUGGCAACACUGGAACAGCAACUAGCAGCACGGAGCUUAGUGUGUGACUUUUUGAAAAAAGGAUCCCAAAUAGCAAGCAAGUUCUGUGGCGAAGUGAUUGUGGAGGCCCCUAAACAAGAGGAGCCAAAGGCAGAGGCCCCUAAACAAGAGGAGCCUAAAGCAGAGGCCCCUAAACAAGAGGAGCCAAAGGCAGAGGCCCCUAAACAAGAGGAGCCUAAAGCAGAGGCCCCUAAACAAGAGGAGCCAAAGGCAGAGGCCCCUAAACAAGAGGAGCCUAAAGCAGAGGCCCCUAAACAAGAGGAGCCAAAGGCAGAGGCCCCUAAACAAGAGGAGCCUAAAGCAGAGGCCCCUAAGAAGAGAUGAAGUAUUACAACACGUGUUUUCUGCUCUACAACGCUUCAUCUGUUUAAAAAAAUCACUGUUUUUGAUACGCUGCAACCAGAUUCCAGCACUAUGCUUUACAGGGUCAGUGUCACAUGUGACAGGCCCUAAAGGGGGACUACUUAGAUUUUGUAGUUGCUAAGUGAGAUGUUAAUGAAUGUCAUUUUCAAUCUGUUAUUUAUAUUUAUGCAACACAAUGAGGAGGAAUGAAGAUACAUUAAGAUGUGAGUCAUAUGUUUUGUGUUUGUUUAGCUUUUGUGUAUGUUGGUGUAAAAUGCUUUGUAAUAAACAGCUAUUGUCAUAAUUUUGCAAAUAUUCUGUGCUUGUUAGGUGCACCGACAUCUUUGUAACUGAAAGGCAAUGAGGAAAUAGAUGAGUGAUGUGGGUGGACUUGCAGGUUCAUGCUGUAGAGUCAUACAAGAUUUCUCACUUUAGCAACAUUGUUUAUCUGCCAUAAUUCAGUUUGGAUUUAUGGUACAAAGAAAAUAAACACAUGCUGUGAACCAA